AUGAGACUUUAAGUAUUAGAUAAAUAAAUGUUAUAAGUUUAACUGAAGAAUCAACAGCAAAUUGAAUGAAAGGCUAUAUAAAUAUUUUAAGUGUUAAUUUUGGUCUCAUAGGUAUUAUGUUUUUCCAUUCGAUUAUUAUAUUUAAAAUUUAAUUUAAGAAUCAUUACAGACUCUAUUUAAACAUUACAAUAGUAAUUUAAAUGCUAAAAGAAAUGUUAACAAAUCUGGUUUCAUUAACCUAAUAAAGUUUCAAUAAGUUAUACAAGACAUAUAAGUUUGAAGACAGAAAUAUUUAAGAAUUAUCAAAUCAUACAUAAAGUUGCUAUGAAUUAAUAUGAAUAAAAAUCAAUUUAUUCUUAUGAUGAUGAUUUAAUAUGUUCUUGUCUAAUAUUACCAGAAGGUGAUAUUUUUCAUUUUAUUAUUUUGAGUAAAAGAUAGAUCGAGGAAGAUAAAUUUGAAAUUUUAAGCAAAAUAGAUAUAGGAUUAGAUGAAUUUGUUGUAUCAUUUGGCUUAAAGAUAUAUCCAAAGGAAUUAAUUAAACCAUGCAUAUUAAAUUUCAAUUUUAGAGAUGAAUCUUAAAAAACUCUAUAUGAUGGACCAAAUCAAAUAGAAUUAAGGUAAUUUAUAUAUUGUAUUAAUGAUUUUAGAAAUAAAUGGCUUGCAAAUAAAGAAUUCAACUGAUGGAAGUUUUCCUAGAAAGAUAAAAAAAGGUACAAGAUCAAAUAGAGAAUAAAUCUAAUUAAGAAAUAAUUCCAUUUAAUAAAUCAUAGAACCAUUUGAUGAUGUUUUUUAUAUUUAAGUAAGAUCUAAGUUAUAGAAAUUAAACUGAAGAUAGAGAAUAUUUAUGGAUGCUAAAUAUAAAGGUAUUAGAAUUCAAAGGAUUAAUGAAAAGUGUUUUAUCUAAAAUGUUAAAUAAUAUUGACUAAUAGAUAAAUCAGAUUGAAAAAGAAGUUGAUUUAAAGGAGUUUAAACCAGAAAUAAAGAAUUUGGAAGAAGAUGUUGAAAUUCUAUCAAAUAAUUAUAAAGGUAAUUUCAAUUAUAUUAUACCUGUAUAAUAAUCGAGUUUAGAAAACGAUAUCAAGUUUGUAGAUUCUCUGAAUUAAAUUUUAAAUUCGAUAUAGAAUUCUUCACAGUAUACCUAGAUUAUAGAGUCAUUAGAAUGUAUUAAAUAAAAAAAUAAAAAAUAAGAAGAAUCAUAAGUAAAUAAAAUUACUUAGAGAGAAUUUGAUUAACAAGUAUUAUCUCAAAAUAUUAUAGAAAGCUUCUUUUUUGUAUUAAAAAUGCAAUAAGCAUAGUAAAAAGAUCGUGAUGGUAAAUCUUAAUCAAGAGGAUUAAGAAUUAAGUCAGUUUGCUUGCCUUGAUUGUGUCCAAGAAUUUCCUCUACAAUAUAUAACAUUAGAAGAAGCAAAUAAGAGAUGGAUUUUAUAAAAAGGAUAAUAAGAAGAUUUAAUUCAUCAAUAUAAUUUAAAAAGAAAAAACCAAUAUAAUAAUGCUGUAUAGAUCAUUAAGAAAUUAAAAGAUACCUACAAUUAAACUCUUAAUGAAAUAAUUAUUUCAUUGGAUAAAUAGCUAGAUAAUAGCAAUGAUGAUAUCUUUUCAACUAAUAAAUUCAGCAAUACCGAUUUAUUUUAAAUGGACGAAAAGCAACUAUAAUAGAUAAUCAAAUUAUUAAGUUCUAAAAGGUUAAAUUAACAUAUUAUAGAGCAAUAAGAAAAAAAUGAUUAGUAAGAUCUUUUGUUUUAUUCAAAUUUAAAGACUAAAUUGGAAAAUUUAAUGAAAGAAGAUUUGUUAUGUAAAUAUUAAAUAAACAAAAACUUAAAUAAAUAGCAGUAAAUAAGUAUUUUAUAACAACAUUAUUAGUUAAUUAAAUAAUAGAUGAUAAUAAAAACGCCUUAGAUUCUGAAUUACAUGAAUUUAUAUAAAAAAGUUAAAUGUAGGAAAUAUAUCUAACUAUUUUCAACGAGUCUGUUGAAUCAUUUAAAGUGCUUUAAAAAAUAUAUGAGACAUUAUAAAAAAAUGGCCAAUUACAAUAGAUUAUGGAAGUAUACCAAGAAAAAUCUUAAGUUAAAAAUUUAUUUAAACUAUUUGAGCAUAAUUUUAUUAGAACGAAGAAAUUAAUAAUGGCUGAAGAAAAUGAAUAAUAAUUAGAUUAAGCAACUCAACAGAAAUAAUAGUUAUUAAUUUAAAUAAAAGAGUUAAAUGAUAGAAAUAAUUAGUUUUCCUAAAAAAUCAUUAAAUUAGAAUUAGAAAUAAAAUAAAUUAAUGAACUAUUUAACUGCAAAUUAAACGAAAAAAAAAUAGAAUUAGAAAAAUUUAUUUUAGAAAUACGAACUUGUUAAUUAGAGAUGGAGGAAUUUAAAAAAUACUAAUUAGGUGAAACAAAAGAUUUAAACAAUUAAAUUUUAAGCUUAAACUCAGAUAUAAAAAAGAAGUGCGAUGAAAAUUCAAAAUUAUAAUUAGAAUAAGAAUAAUUAAAGGGAAAGUUUGCUAAUGAGUGUAAUUAAAAAGCUAAAACAAUCUAAGAUUUAGAAAAUUAUUAAAUAAAAAUUUGUUAAGCUCUAAACGUAUCUGGUUUUUUGGUACUUAAAGUUUAUCACUUUUAUUGUUUUAAAAUCAACAGUGGCGGUAAAAAUUUUUAUAAAACAUAUUGAUUCUGGAAUUGCAGUUUUUGGAAAUUUAUAGCCGUAAUGGGUCGAACUUCUUAGGAAAUUCACUGUCUUUUAAAAUACUUUUAGAAUGUCCCCUUAUUAUGUAAUAAGAGAAAAAGGAAAAAUGCUAUUAUAUUUGAAUUAACUAUAAAAGCCAAGAAAAACCAAAUAAUAUUAUCAUUAGAAUGAAGGAUAAAUCAUAGGGGAUGGUAAAAUAUAAAUGAUAAAGAGAAUAAUUCGAUAGAAACAAUAAAUAAAGCCUUAGUGUGUGUGGAAAUUUGAAAAGGGAUUUGAGAAUUUUUGAUUU